UGUUCCCGUGGAGUUUAGUGAUAAAAUUUAUUGGAGGAAUGGUUUUUUUAUUAUAGAAAACAAGCAUAAACCGAUGGAUUUUUCUUUGUUAUGUUUCUUGGCAUUGGAGGAGAUGACAAGAACGGCGUUGUUUGCGACUUUAACCAUGACAUCUCAUUGUUUUAGAGGAUCAUUUCUCCUGACUUCCACAAUGAUGCACAUUGCUUAGAUUCUUGAACCAGAAGAAGAUCCCUAUGUCAUUAUUACAAGACAGCCAAGUUCUGCGUGUUCUCAUAUAAACUCGAUCAAGGUAACAGGGUUUCUCUUUUGAUCUUGGUUAGUGAGGACCCAAUUUGAGAUCUUGGGUAAAUUCUUAUAGAAGACUAAUGUCAGAAGUACAGGAUCAGUUAGAGAUCAGGUUUCGGUUAAACGACGGGUCAGACAUUGGUCCUAAAACUUACUCAUCUGCUACUGGUAUUUGCACUUUGAAGGAAAGCAUCCUUGCACAAUGGCCUAAAGGAAAGGAGAACGGUCCGAGAACAGUGAAAGAUGUGAAGUUAAUAGGUGCUGGUAAGAUAUUGGAGAACAGUAAAACAUUAGAAGAGUGCAAGAGCCCAAUAUGCGGUCUAACAGGAGAAGUUACAACCAUGCAUGUAGUUGUCCACCCCCCACCCACUCAAGGAGAAAAGAGAUCAUCAAAUCAACUGCAGAACAGAUGUGUUUGUGUCAUCUUGUAAGUUGCAAAUAGAAAUGUAUGAAGAAAGACUGAUUAUUUGCAGCUGAAAAAGAAAUCCGUUUUCAUUAUUUCGGCGCCUUAUGGAGAGGAUGCAACACAAAUCUAGCUCAUCGUAUUUGCUGCUUGUACAUUUUGUGUUUGCUAUUCUUACAUUAGUUAGACAUGUAUUCUCACAUCAUCGUUCGUUAAUUCUCGUUUCAAGCAAUGUACUACACUUUCGAAACCCAAAUUCUCGUUACUACA